CUGUUGGCGUUCACCUAUAAAUCAGACAUGGCGUUUCUCGUGGUGGUGGGGCAAUGCUUGGUGGCGACGAUUCUGGUAGAAGCCGUCCGACGUAUGGGAUACGCUUCCUAUGACCCCUUCAACUUCUCCACCGCCCGGCGAUGGCUGCCAGUGAGCAUAUGCUUCAGCGCCAUGCUGUUCACGAGCUUCAAGGCUCUGGAGGUCAUGAACGUUCCCAUGGUGAGCGAAACAAACUCCGUUGUAACGGUGUUCAAGAACCUGACGAAUAUUGUCAUCGUCACGGGAGACUGGUGGUUCUUUCAGCAGGCAGCAUCUUGGUUGGUGAUUUUCAGCAUGGCCGUCAUGGUCUUCGGUGCUAUCUUUGCGUCGUACAACGACCUCGACUUCAACCCGUGGGGGUAUUUCUGGAUGGUGGCGAACUGCUGCACGACGGCGGGCUACGUGUUGUACAUGAAGCAUGCGACGAAGUCCAUCAAGCUCCCGAGGUUCGGCAUGGUGUUCUACAACAACCUCCUGACGACUUGCCUCCUCACUCCCGCGGCGUUCAUGAUGGGUGACUUCACGAUCUUCUGGACCACGCCGCAGCUUCGCACCGUCACUUACAUAGCCGCUCUCCUGUUCUCAGGCGUUGUGGGGGUCAUGCUGAACUUUGCAUCCUUGUGGUGCGUCGGGGCGACCUCUGCCACCACCUACGCCGUGGUGGGAUCGGUCAACGUGGUUCCAACGUACGACUCUGAGAUUCCGACGGCGCUUUUGGGGUAUCAGCUGUUCGAUAGCGCGAUUAGCACACAGAUGGGAGAGUUCAUGUUGGUGAGCAUGAUAGGCGGCUUCAUGUACUCCUUUGCGAAGCUUCAGGAAAAGCGAAGUUUGGAGCGGACACGCCCACCGGUGAUGCCCCUGCCAUCUCCGUCAUCGGCACUGGAGUCGCACAAAUCAAUAGCAGAGAAGCUCUUGCUGGAACCAACCACACAAGCGGACCAAACGGCGGAUCACAACGCCUAAGAAGUCGCAAGAAAAUUAGAAUUGGAGGCGCCUCCUCGCUGCCACACGACGAUGUGUUCGGGGGGCCGAGGCGACAAGCCGAGGCGGCCUUAUCGACGAUUCGACCCGGUCUUGCUGUGGUUUUGGUGCAGAGCCCGGA